CCAUUUACCUAUCGAACAGUUGUGACAUAAAAAAAAUUAAUUAAGUGAAUUUUUCACAAUUAAAAAAUAGUGGUAAAAAUUUUAUCACGAAAAAAAACAAAAAGUAUAUACAUUGAAAUAAAAAGGAAAAAAAAAAAUGAUUGGAUAUUUUGGUGAAUGUAAAUGGCGGGGGUCAACAAGACUUCAAAUGUUGACUCUAUUAAUUCUUGUUGGAAUAGUCAAUUCAAUGGAUGUCUCAACAACCCUUUCAUCAAAUCACAAAGAACCCACAGAUUCUAUUAAAUCAAUUGAUCUCAAAAUGGAAGCAAGAAACGAUGAAAUUUCUCGAAUUAUAGAAAUGCCAGAAGCCACAAAUGAACCAACAAAAGUUCAUCCAGUAUAUCCAGAAAGCAGAGCAAAUUCUGAAAUUAAAUUAUCACCAAAUCCAUCAGGUACUUGGAAAAGUGUAAUAAAGACAUCAACAAAAGAUAGUUAUUUAGAUGCAUUAAAUCAUUCGCAUUUAAAAAAUUAUCAACCUGAUGUUUCAUACAAUGUAAAUAAUAAAAAAUUAUUAAGAAGAAAAUAUGAAUCACCAGUUUAUCGUCCAACAUCAUUGAAUAUUGAAAUAUCAAAAGAACCAAAAACAUAUGUUACACCAACAACAGAUACAUUUUCUCCAACACCAAGUGAAUCAUAUUCAUUACCAAUAAAUGAAGCAACAAAUUUUAAUGAACAAAAUCAAUAUGGUACAUUAGAAAAUUAUAAUGAUUAUGAAGUAACACAAUAUAAUUAUAAUGCUCCAAGUCAAAGCUAUGCACCAUCACAAAAUUAUGCACCAUCACAAAAUUAUUAUGGAAAUUCACAGCCUACUUAUGAAGCACCAAGUCAAAGUUAUGGAGCAUCAGUUAAUACUGCAUAUGGUCCACCAAAACAGUCAUAUGGAACACCAGCUCAACAUCAAGGUCACGAAGUAUCAAACUGGAAUGGCUAUCAGUUUCCAAAUCUGAUACAAUUACCAUCACUAUCGAGCAUUGGUUUAGCCUGGCCAUUGGCAAUUAAAUUAAAUGCCUUUACAGUCGCUAAAAUAAUAUUAAAAUUAGUUAUAUUUAAAAUGAUUGUUAAAUUCAUUGCUGUUAUGUGUCUUUUAUUAUUUAUACCAAAAUUGAAAGCAAAUAAAGAAGGAAAAGAUGAUGAUGAUGCUGAUGAUGAUGAUAGAAGAAGUGCUAUCUCGGAAGAUUUGAGAACACAAAAGUUGAAUGUUUUGACAGCCAAUGUAUUGGAAUCAAUUGAAAAAUAUGAAACGAAAAAUGGAACAGUUGAAGAUGAUGAUAAUUGUUCAAGCUUUAGUUGUCGAUUAAGAAGACUCAUUGGAACCGGUGAUACUUGGGAUGAUUAUUUUAAACUUUUCAAUAGCUAUGCAGCUGAAGAAGAUGAUGAAGAUGAAGCAGAAGAAGAAGAAGACGAAGAAAAAAUAGAUGAACCUAUUAAA